AUGCCUUCGUACAAAAUAGCUAGCUCACAACGUUUCGCAACGGAACCAGGCCCCAACGCGUCAGCGGAAUACAGGUUACUUGCCGACGAGAUGAAAAAUGAGUUUCUCGGACCCAUGCCCGUCGAUAAGUUCUUCUCCGCCUUCAUGCACAAGCCUCGCAGGAACCCUCCCGAGGACUACAUCAAGAUACUGAAAGCUGUGCCCAAGGAUGGCAACUUCGAAGACAAUUUCAUUUUGGCUAUCGAGAAAGCCAAGCUCUGCCCUGAAUUUGUGUUUGUGAACACGACCGCUCAUCCGGAUAAAGAUUACGAACGCAAGCCGGACAUAUCUGCCUAUCGGAAAGUUCCCAAUUUUAAGGAGAAGAAGACUAACUUCCGGAUUAUGGAGCUUUGUAUUGAGCGCAAACCAGAAGAUGAGGACCCUUUCACAGACCCCGGUCCCGAUACAUCUCGCAGCGCACACUCAUUUUUGACCGAUACGCUGAAGGCGACUAGAUACCGUGGACAGAUCAGUUCAUAUACGAGCUGCCAAUUCUCCGCGCAAAACCGAUGGUAUAUGUUCUCUAUGCUCUUGCUUGGCAGUUGUGUUCGCUUCAUCCGAUGGGACCGCGCGGGAGCGAUAGUGACCGAACGGAUCAACUGGAGGGAUCACCCAGAAACGCUAGCUACUUUUCUGUGGCGCUUCGGUCGCCUCUCUCCUGAUCAAAGUGGACGCGAUCUUUCAGUUUCAAAGCCCACAGCCAAACAAAUCCGCCUUGCGAAGCAGAAACUGGACGAACGCGCCAUCAAGCUGGCCCGGCUCCUGGGCCAAGAUGAGCAGAAAGCGAGAGGACAGUACUCGUCGGACGAGACAUUUCGGAAAUUUCGUAUGGAGGAUAACAAUGACCCUAAAGGCAAGCGCGGGCGGUUUUUUAUCGCGUCUAGCCCCCAGUGGCAGAGUGGCAGCCCAACCGGCAGAGCCACCGACGGGUACAUCGCGUAUGAUACCGGCACAAAGGAACUUGUUUAUCUCAAAAACAGCUGGCGGUACAUCGAGGAAGGACUCGAGAGGGAGGGAGACACGUAUGCGCACCUUGAAAAGUCGAACGUGACCGGUAUUCCUAGACUGGUAUGUGCUGAAGAUGUUAAGGACUACGAGACCCGCACACACGAGUUUUUUGGUGCAAAAUGGUGCUGUAAGGUAUCUGAUCCUCCGAGGCGCCACAGGCUUCACCGACUUGUACUAGGCGAUAUUGGACGGCCCUUGAGUCAGUUCCUGUCAUCAAAAGAGCUUUGCAGUGUCGUCCUUGACGCAAUCGUCGCGCAUGCGCAGGCAACUGCAGCUAAGGUGCGGCAUCAAGAUAUCAGCGCCGGUAACAUCCUGAUUUCGGACGAAGGGAAAGGUCUCCUGAUAGACUGGGAUCUGUCAUGCAGACUGCCUGACGAUCAUCCCACUUCUGACCAUCUGACCUCUACUCAUAACGAUCACAAAGCGCAAAAAAAGUGGAAGACGGGAACUUGGCAGUUCAUCUCGGCUGCCCGUCUGCUCGAAUCUGACACAAUGCGGCAUGAUCACCGUGACGAAUUGGAAUCCUUUCUCCACGUCUUACUGUACCACACCAUCCGCUAUCAUGCCAGCCAUGUCUCUCGAAAGCAACUCGGACGCCUGCGUCGCACAUUCGCCUCGCAUUUCCAUGACAAGUUUAUGGAUGAUGAUGGCCAAAUAUGCGGAGGAGAGGGGAAGCAGAGCUUCUUCCAGCCUUUUUCUCCCCUUGCCUUCUCUGAACCGAACCUUGAAAUCUUCCUCAGUGUCCCGCACGUCUCUCUUAUCGAGACACUUCGAAUGUUGUUCAUUCCCAUCUACAGUGAUGCAAGGCUCUUAAAACGUGCCCCCAUUCCAAAUGUGGCAGAAACUCAGGAAGAGGCCUUGGCAGUUCUCGAGACUUCGGACCAAUUCAUAAAGAAGUUCAAGGAUCACCUCAAGAUGAAUGGUUGGAAGGAGAAUGAUGCUAGCGAUGAGCUCAGCGACUCUGAUAUGUUUCUCACAGAUGCGACUGGUCUGGUGAAGAUGACUCGGCAUAGUACCUUGUCGAAACGGAAGGCUGAUGGGGCUAAUCUUGACAAUGUCUCAGGAGCGAGUAAGCGAUCUCGAACGGAUUCCACACCAGCAUCGCUUCCUGCCGUUGAAUCCGAAUCGGAAGAGUAG